AGAAACAAGCUGGGGAACCAGGAGAGCAAGAUGCCAGACAUCGGCUGUCAGCAGGUACCCGCAGAGAGCAGAAAGGAGACUGGAAGCGUCCCCACAGGACCGGAAACCAUGCAAGUCCUGGCAGCUCCGGUGGACACCCCGUGCGGAUGCCCCUGUGCGGAUCAGCCUCGUCCCUCCAACUCCGUACCCAGAAUAUCCUGCACUGAGGCCCCACAGCCUAUCUCAGCGGGUGCCACCGCCACAAGCACCAUCAUUGCCUUGGGGCCCACCGGGCGGCUCAGCAUCUCUGUAGAGGGUGACCUGGAGUGCUUGGUGUGCCGAGAGCCCUACAACUGUGCCCGGUCCCCCAAGCUGCUUAGCUGUCAGCACACCUUCUGUGCCGUAUGCCUGAAGCUUCUGCUAUAUGUGCAGGAAGACACCUGGUCCAUCCCCUGUCCGCUGUGCCGAAAGGUCACUGCUGUCCCGGGAGGUCUCAUCUGCAGCUUGCGAGAUCAGGAGGCGAUGGUGGGGCGUCUGGCCCUGCCAUGCCCAGAGGUGCGCCUAUGUCCCCAGAGGCUAGUGGGUUCUGCCGCUUCAGCAACUCGGCCAGCCAACUGGACAGGAGAAGAAGAACAGGACGUCGUAAGUGUCAACCGUGUAGCUGCCCGGCGCCUGGCUGUACACUUGCUCUUGCUGGCUCUUGUCAUUGUCCUUAUCCUGCCUUUCAUCUACCCGGGCGUCAUCCGGUGGGUGCUGGCCUUUGUCAUUGCCCUGGCGCUCCUGAUGUCCACCCUAUUCUGCUGUCACCCCCAGAGCCAGAGCAGCAACUGGCCUUGCCCCAGGACUCUGUUCUGCAGAGAGAAAAAGCAAACCCAGAUCACUUCUAUUGCCUGAGAACUCUGGAUCCCUACAGGCCCAGAGCUGCCAAGGCUCCCUCCUCCCCCAGGCCUCACAGUCUGCACGGGUCAGGGGCUAGGAGCCGCCUUUCAAAAUCACAUUCGAACUGGACUUGCGUGUCAAAGCCAGACUGGUCAUGUUGGAUCAAGGAUUCCGUGCUGGAAAAACGGGGUCACACCUGUCUGUCCUUGUGUAGCAUAGGAAGGAAAGGGGGAAAGAGAGGAGAUGUACCCCCUGAAUGAGUGACUCAAGGGUGGUGGGGUCUCUACCCCUCUUCCAGAACUCCUAUGUUUUGUAUAUAUCCCUCUGUGGACAUAUUGGGACAUUGGCCUUACUACAAAGCAAAUAGAACCAGGUCUCUUUUGUAA